UGGGUAGAUGGAUAUAACUGUAAAUUUCCUCCAUUUUACUGCUGAAGAUCUUGACGGAUCGGACAGAUUUAUACGGCUCUUGAAAGAUUUUACAGGUUUUCUAAAAGAACAAGACUCUUCUUAUGGAGAAAAACACCAACGAAAGCAAUAAGGAAAAUCCUGAAGAAGGAAAGGGAGAGGAUAUAAUUGAGGCCAGCGAGUCUCAUGAAAAAAAUGGUGACAAAACUGAUAAAAAAACUGUGGAUGAGAAGUCACACAAGACUGAUGAAAAUACAGAAAGCUCGGACCAAAAAUUAAUUUGUAAAGAAGAAGAUGCCGAAAAAAAACAAACGGAGGAGACUGAGGCACAGGACAAAAAAGAAGAGAGGCCAGCAGAAGAGAGGCCAACAGAAGAAGGGUCCUCAGAACCGGCCAGCUCGUCAGACAGGGCCCAAACAGAAUAUGACAACAUAAAAUUCCUUGAAAACAUAUUCAUGACGUGUAUGUUUCCGCAUAAUUACUCCCUUCAUUAUGAACCCGAGAAAUUGUCAUUCCAGGGACCAGACAGCACAGAAAAGACGCCAGCAGAAGAGGAGCCCCAAGAAUCGGGCAAACUUUCGGACAACAACAAAAAAAAAUUAUUCUUCCAGGCACGGGACAAAAAAGAAGAGAGGGCAGCAGAAGAGGGGCCCCGAGAACCGGCCAACUCGUCAGACAGGGACCAAACAGCACAGGACAAAAAAGAAGAGAGGCCAGCAGAAGAGAGGCCAACAGAAGAAGGGUCCUCAGAACCGGCCAACUCAUCAGACAGGGACAAAAGAGCACAGGACAAAAAAGAAGAGAGGCCAGCAGAAGAGAGGCCAACAGAAGAAGGGUCCUCAGAACCGGCCAACUCAUCAGACAGGGACAAAAGAGCACCGGACAAAAAGGAAGACAUGCCAGCAGAAGAGGGGCCCGCAGAACCGGCCAACUCGUCAGACAGGGCCCAAACAGAACCGGACAAAAAAGAAGAGAGGCCAGAAGAAGAGGGGCCCUCAGAACCGGCCAACUUGUCAGACAGUGCCAAAAGUGCAAUUGACAGCAUAAAAUUCCUUGAACAGAUAUUCAUGAUGUGUAUGUUUAGGCAAAAUUACUUCGAUCAAUGUGAAACCAAGAAAUUGUCAUUCCAGGCACCAGACAGCACAGAAAAGAGGCCAGCAGAAGAGGAGCCCCCAGAAUCGGGCAAAUCGACGCCCAAAAACAAAAAACAAAAGUCAGAAUCCUCGAAUCCCCCUUCCGGGUGUAAUAAUCCGAAACGCCCGAAAAAGGGAAGAGAUCCAGGAAAAGGUGGUGGUCGUGGUGGUCGUGGUGGUCGCGGUGGUCGCGGUGGUGGAUAUGGAGUGUGUGAGGUAGUUUGAUACUCAUCUUAUUAAAUGGCAAAAAUGUUUCUAUUGUGAUGGAAUUGGAACCAAUUAUAUUGAUUCAACAAAUCGUUCCCUCGCUUCGUUUUGUCAUUUGUUAAGUCUCAGAUUUUUUUUAAAAAAUUGCUUCAUUUCAAGAUUUGAAUGCAGAAACUGUAAUGCUGUAAUGUUGUAUUUGUAACUGUAACGCUGUAAUGUUGUAUUUGUGACUGUAAUGCUGUAAAACUUUAAUGCUACUUGAAAACAAGUAUAAUGCUCUCCUUGUGCAAUUAAUUUAAUGACUCUUAUAAUUAAUCACAAAAUCUUAAUCUUGACAGAUGCGCCUGAUUUAGUAUGCCUCAUUUCAAUAGUAUGAAUUUAUGAAUAUUGUUAUUUUUUAUUUGCAAAAAAUUAUUUUUAUUAAAGAAAAAUUUGCUUAUAACUUAAUUGCUGUUUUUAAACCAAAAACAGGUUAUCUAAUUAUGAAAAAAUAGAAUUAUCAAUUAAUAACAAAAAUAAUACAAUUAUAUUAUCAGUAAGAUUGAAGAUUUGAUGCAUAUUUUUAAUAUCAAUCUUGACAACAGAACUCAACUUUUAAAGUGAUCUCACCUUUUUAAGUAUAAUCAUAAAUUCAUACUUCAUUGUUACCAUGUGGAAUAAUUAAUACAGAUUGAUCAUACUUUUUACUUUCUCAUGUACAAAAAAAUAUUGUAAUCGUCAAAAUUUUAAUUUGAGAUUUUGACGAAUCUUCAUGUUUCUGGACUCUUUGACUCAAAUAAACACAUUUUGAGAAUUUGUCUA